AUGUCGUUCUCAUUAUAUCUUUUCAUAUUUGCUUCUCUUUCGAAAGCCGUGUCUGCUUCGGCUUUCAAUGAAAGAUCAACGACGUCUAUCUCGUCUGUCACAAGUGCACAAUGGUCUUCACUGAACACUAGUGUCAACGGGAGACUCCAUGCUGGAUACCCAUAUGCCAAGCCUUGUUACAGUUUCUACAAUGGCAGGCCCAGUCCGCCCAACGCUGGCCAAUGUUCUGCGGUUGUGAGUGGAUACGAUGAAGAAGUCCCUAUCGCAUCCAACUUCGGAGCCUACAUGAACGAGAAUUGGGCAGGCUGUCAAGCAAAAGCACAGAGCUGCGCCCUCGAUUUCUUGAAGCCAGACGACCCAAGCUACUUCUCUACACCACACAACUGCUUCCAGGGAAGCGUUCCGAACUACUACAUUGAUGUGCGGGAAGUCUCGGAUGUACAAGCAGCUCUGAAGUUCGCGGACUCUACUGGUGUACCACUCGUCAUUAAGAAUGCAGGCCAUGACUACAAGGGUCGAUCCAGCGCUCCAAACUCACUGGCUUUAUGGAUGCAUAAUGUUCAACCUCCUCUCAUUCGAGAUCGAGAAUUCACACCUGAAAGUUGUCCAUCGUCUGCUGGCGACUCUGUUACGAUGGGGACCGGACAGGGCUUUGGAGAUCUCUACGACUUUGCAGAAGCCAACAACAUCACUCUCCUUGGUGGCUCCAGCUCAACCGUAGCGGCCGCUGGUGGCUGGGUUGCAGGCGGAGGACAUGGUGCACUUUCCCCCUUGUACGGACUUGCGGUAGACAACGCAUUGCAGCUGAAGGCCGUUCUUCCAAAUGGCACAUACGUCACUGCGAACAGAUGCCAGAAUCGAGAUAUAUUCUAUGCUCUACGAGGUGGCGGGGGGAGUACCUUCGGAGUGACGAUGGAGAUGACAAUGCAGGCACACCCGCAGGUAACCGUACAAGUGGCCUUGGUGCGAUUCACAUCCCAAGAUCUUGGCCCUGUCAACGACUUGAUCUCCAUCUGCACGCAAAACGGCGCUCGAUGGAACAAUGAACGUUGGGGAGGCUACAUUUUCCCAGGAGCCGCAGGUGCCCAAACGACCUUCUUCUUCGUGAAUCCAGUCCUCACGCAUGCUCAAGCCGUGGAGAGCAUGAGACCAAUAACCGACUUCGCAACAUCCCUGGGCAACAUCACCACAUUGAACCUCGUCAUCACACAACCCUCCUUCCCCGAGGUCUUCAAGACAUUCAUUUUACCAGGCGCAGAAGCAGUGGGCCUCAGCGAAACAAUAGCAUCGCGGCUCAUCCCUCUGAGUCUCAUGGAGACUCCAGCUGGCCAACAAACCCUCGCCGAAGCCAUCGUCAAAGCCGGAGAUAUCCUCGCCAACGGCGUCCAAAACAACAACACUGAAUCCCUCCUCCAAAUCCUCGCCGUUGGUCCGGGAAACUUCAAGCCCGAUGGAACGAGCUCAGUCACUCCCGCAUGGUACCAAGCAGGCUGGCAUAUCAUCGCCGGACAGGGCUUCCCCAAUAACGCCAACUACAGCACCAUUCAGAAAGCCUUCCAAACUGUACAUGAAUCAGCGCAGGUUCUGCGAGACAUCACGCCUGGCUCAGGGGCUUAUCAGAACGAAGCGGAUGUGUUCGAGCCACAUCCGGAGCAGUCAUUCUGGGGGUGUGAGAAUUAUUUGAGAUUGUCGAUCUUGAAGAGACAGAUUGAUCCGAAGAAUCUUUUGACGUGCUGGGGGUGUAUUGGGUGGGAUAGGGGGGAUCCUAGGUAUGGUUGUUAUCCGACUCUGAACUGA